AUACCGCUGGAAAAUAAGAUGUCAAUGAUUAUGCAUCACUUGCAGAAUUACACGGACAUUUUCCGUCGGCUGAAUAUAACCGACGAGGAUAUCGAUUACGUUAACAGUCUCGACAUCGACAGUCUAACCGGCCGUAACGAAGACAGAUUUGGGAGCCGUGACAGGGACCAAGUCUCCAUCAGGGAUGGAAGCGACCGUAAUGAAACGAUACAGCUGACAUCCUCUUGUUACUGCGACGGGGUGAUUCGCGAUCUGGCGACGCAAUACAAAACUUACCACGGUUACGCUUCUCUUAUCGUAUGCUCUUUCGGCACGUUCACCAAUAUGCUAAACAUCAUCGUACUCACGAGGCAAGAUAUGAAGACUGUGCCCAUUAAUCGAAUUCUGACGGGGUUGGCUACGGCUGAUGUGUUGGUGAUGUUGGAGUACAUCCCUUUUGCAAUUUACAAGUAUCUCGUGCUACCAGAAAGCAGGAUAUUCCCGUACGGAUGGGCCGUAUUCGUCCUGUUCCAUAUGCAUUUCACCCAGCUUUUUCACACAAUCAGUAUCGCCCUCACGCUCACUUUAGCUGUAUGGAGGUACAUCGCUAUCAGAUUUCCGCGGUAUAACCGUACCUGGUGUACUGGGAGACGUUGCACGAUCGCUCUUUCCUGUAGUUUUCUCGCUCCGUUUCUCACUUGCGCUCCAAGCUAUCUUGUAUUCGGAAUAAAAGCGCAAACUAUUCACGAGAACGGUACCACGGAAGUAUUGUAUCACGUAGACACCAAUUAUUCCACCGAUAAAGGCUUCCUAUAUCAAUUAAAUUUUUGGAUACUCGGCGUAGUCGUUAAGCUUCUGCCAUGCAUACUUCUCACCGUCAUCAUCUGCUGGCUAAUAAAAGUCCUUUACAGGACGAAAGGUAGGAAACGGACUUUAAAGAGCUACAGUUAUUGCGCUGCAAAGGUCACCACCAAACCAACCUCAUCGUCGUCAGGAAUCUCGGAUCUCGAGAAUUGCAACGGGCCGUUUGAUAAUAAAAAGGACGGAUAUCAGCGGAGGCCAAGUAAAUUUGACAAGCAAACAGACAGAACGACGAGAAUGCUUGUGGUGGUACUGUUGCUGUUCCUCAUGACGGAGAUUCCACAAGGCAUCCUGGGCUUGCUUUCCGCGGCUCUGGGCACGUGCUUCUUUCGCAAUUGUUACGACAAAUUCGGAGAGUUGAUGGAUAUUUUAGCGUUAUUAAAUGGCAGCAUAAACUUUAUCUUGUAUUGCUCUAUGUCGCGGCAAUUUCGUAUGAUUUUUGGGCAAUUGUUCAAACCCAGAAUUAUGAACAACUGGCCAGUGACGAACCAGCAUCAAACCGAUGUACAAAGCACAUAUGUUUAAGUUACGGCAGUUUGUUUAACA